GAGCCGAACGUUGAGCGCGAAUCGCGGAUUGCAUUUGCUUGCUUGCUGCAUUAAUUGUUGUCGUUGUUGUUUAUUUGUUAAUGUCUUGCUUCUGCUGCUGGCUGCUAGCUGCUGCCUGACAAAUCCCAUUACCCAUAAAUAUCAGAGUGCGUCACUGUGCAUGCGAAAAAUUAAAUAGCCGACGGCUCUCAAGUGAAAUUUGUGUGCGAUUCAGAAAAACAAAAAAAAUACGAGAAGAAACUAAAAGCAGAUGUCGCUAAAUAACACAAAAUAUAUAAUUUAAAGUGCCCGAAAGCUGAACGAGAAUUGAACCUGGGUGCUGCUGCUGCUGCUGCUACUCGUCUUAAGGGGCAACAACAACAACAAAUACAACUGGACGUAAUUGAAAUCGAAGGAGGAGGCAAGCGUUUGCGUAACUAGACCAGACCCAGAGCCCAAGUCCGACCCGACCCGACUCGACUCGACCACAGGAUGGUUCUAGUGCUGAAUGGUGUGCUGCAGGACGAUUGUCCGAUGGACACAAACACCCUGUUCCUGCAGCAUCCCGUCUACAGAGAUUACGCACAGCAGCUGCAUUCCAUUCAGGCGAAAAGUGUUGGACCCGUUGGACUGCUGUAUGUGGGACAGCGGGAGUUGGCCGCUGCUGCGCCUCAUGACAAGAACAUCAACAUCAUUGGUGCAGACGAUGCCACCACCUGUAUUAUAAUUGUUGUCCGCCACUCGGGAUCGGGCGCAGUGGCUCUGGCGCACUUCGAUGGCAGCGGCGUCGAUGAGGCCGUCUGCACAAUGGUGUCGCGUGUCCAGGAAUUAGCACUUGGCUAUCCCGAAGGACGCAUUGAAUUGCAGCUCAUUGGCGGCUAUCGGGACUCGCAGGGCUAUGGUGAGGAUGUUUUCUACAGCAUUAUGCAAUCAUUCCACAAGCAUCAUCUCGAGAUUGAUUUGACGCAGGCCUGCGUCGGCGAGCUGAACACAAUGCUGCGCGGCGAGAUCAAUUGCCCCAUCAUUUAUGGUGUCGGUGUCAAUAUCAAAACUGGCGAGAUCUUUCCAGCCUCGUUUCCGGACAGGGGACCCGAUCGACAGUUGCGUGACGCGCGCAUCUUUAUGGGCGCCCAAUCGGUGUUGGACGUUUAUGAUUCGACGCUGGGCAUGCUGCGCAUUGGACCGUUCAACUAUGAUCCGUUGCGAGGUGCGGACUUGUGGCUGUCACAGACAGAUGAGUUUCUGCUGCAACAUUUGUCCUCCAGUCCCGAUGUGGAGCCGCCGCAUUUUGCGCCCCAUAUGCGUGCCACAAUUAGAUUCAUACAGGAGAACCAGUUUCCCGCUGUCACCGUCUUCAGGGAUAAUCGGCCCCGUUAUUAUAGACGCGACGAUGCCACGGGCUGCUGGGUUUCGAUUCUAGAUUGAGUUCGGAUAUAUUAUAUACAGAACAACUUUGGAAUGCGCCUUAUUAAUGGAUCUGAAAGUAAAACAAUUUACUAUUACGAUGUAUGCAUAUAUGUAUUUAUACUUGUAUGCAAUUCUAAUUAAAACA